GUGUUUGUUAGGGAACGUUCUGUAUGUCUCCUAGAUGGCUCAUGCGUCGACAUAUUCGAUAACAUCGAAGGUGGAGAAAAAUAUGUGGUUGUUCGCGAGAUUGGCACGGGACCUAUACGACUGUCUACUAUGUUGCUGAAAACGCCAAAAGGCCUUACUGCAGACAAGAUGGACACAACUAAAUGGGAAUUCGACAACGUAUCCCCGAAACUGGAUAAUUACGUAACAACAAUGAUAGGCAAACACUGA